GUUCAAACGUCACGUCCUUUCUGAGCCAUACACUUUUGAAAUGUUGGACAAUAUCCAGCCAGUGCCCACAAUGUCCGAGGAAAUCCUUGUCAUAGCUCAUCGUGAUGGAGGUCGCAUAGUCGUUUUCGAUGAUGACAGCACAGAACUCGGUCAAAUUGUGACCACGGAUUUGGAGGCUUCCAACGGGGUUGUCCACAUCGUCGACAGGGUUUUGGUGCGACAUGAAGACACUCCAAGAGCAUAAAUAAGAAUCCUCCAAAUCCUUUUCAAAUUCGUCACAAACAGGCAAAGAAAUGUAGUAGUUAUUUUUUGAAAACAGGCCAGUGCUUGAUUCCAUAUUAAUUAAACCGGCAACUCAGAAGAUGCUGCGAUAUGUGUAUAUUUCCCUGGAAAUAUGACAGAACUUAAGCAGUAUAUAUAUACUGUCACGAUUACACCAGGCCUUAAAAGUGUACAGUACUUAUUCCUAUAUUACUUAAAUAAAAUACAAGCAGAAUACGAAAAUUGUUGUCUGACUUUGAUAAUGCACG